AAGAGUGAGUGUGGCCAGCAGCCUGGCUGCUCCGCAGGGACUGGCAGAGCCUGGCACUUGCCUGCAAAGCCACAGCCUGCCUGAAAAAGAUGCAGGCAUUGGGGCUGGCUCCUUGUCCAAAGGGACUCUGGCCAGAAGGGCAGGCGGGGAGGGAGGUGGCAAUAUCUCAGGGAAGGCAGCCCCCCUGCUGUAGAGCCGGCUUGGCCAAGGAGCCUUCCCUGGGGUGGGCUUGGCUGACAUCAGCAUGGGACACCUGUCUUGACAACCCAUACUUCAUCAAUGAACGCUGCGUUCCUGUUCCCGCAGGGUGGCCUGCAAGUUACCCGAGGCCAACCUCCUCCUCCUCAAGACCUUGCUGCGGCUGCUGCAGAACAUCAGCAGCAAUGCCACCAUCACCAAGAUGACAGCCCUCAACCUGGCCAUCUGCGUGGGGCCCAACCUCCUUGGCCCACCAGAGGAGGACACGCUCCCUCUGGAUGUCCUGGCGCAGGUGACGGGGAAGGUGACCCAGCUGGUAGAGUUCCUCGUUAACCACCAUGAGGAACUCUUUGAGGACGAGGAGGAUGAGAAGGAGGAGGAGGAGGAGGAGGUGCUGUUCAUGGAGAAGGAGGAGGAGGGUCAGGAGAAGGAAGAGGGGGCUGGCCUUGCCGGUGAAGGGGCUGAGGAGUCGCCGGCACCAGGAGAACAAGGAGAAACUGCAGAGGUAUGUGAGGUCCACAAGCAGCAUGAGAGAAUGCCUCUCCCCUCAGAAGGUGGGAUUGCCGCUGUAGGGACAAGAAAGUUCAUCCACCAACCUGCAGCUUUGCAGAAGUGCAGAGUGAGGCUGAUGCAGGUUGGCCAUCACUCUUUGUGCAGUGACCCCAGCAGAAGUGGCACAGCUGGGCUGAGCAAAGCCAUCCAAGCCAUCUGCCUUUUAGAGCUGAGCUGGAAAACAGGCAGGUGUCAUCUUCUGCGUUUCCAUUGCAGGUGCCUGCAGUCGCUGCAGAAAGCGCAGCCCAGAACAGCUCCUCUGGGCAGAGCAGGUAACCUGAGCUAGCUUUACUUCAGAGUAGAAUUGAUUCCUGUUUGUCAUGGCUUUACCUGUCUAACAAUCCUUUUGGAUGGAAAGCUUGCCAGGCUCUUUGCAAGAGGGGCAAAAUCCUUCCCCCCGGAAGAGAAAACUCCUGUGUGAAGAGGGGGACGAUGGCCAGCCCAGCAAGAGGAGGCGAAGGCUGGAGCCGGACAGCUCAUGAACAGGCAACUGAGCCAAGCCAGGUGGGGCGAGAACAACAAGGAGCCCCUGGUGUGUGAAAGAGCCUGCUCUCCCUCUUUCCAAUUGUCAUGCUGCUCUGAGUCUAGGAAAUAUUUCUGUGGUGCCUAGAGACGGCCCCAGAGAGGAAGCAUUCACCUUCCCUUGGGAGAAGGUGGAUGUCUGGAGGUAAAGAGCACUCCAGAGUUGGCAGUUUUCAUUUUGCACUUAGAAUCCUAGAAUCAAAGAAGAGUUUGGGCUGGAAGGGAUCUUCCAAGGCCAUCUAAUCUAACGCCCCUGCAGUCAGCAGGGACAUCUUCAAUGAGAUCGGGUUACUCAGAGCCCUGUCCAGCCUGGCCUUGAAUGUUUCCAGGGAUGGGGCAUCUACCACCUCUCUGGGCAACCUGUGCCAAUAUUUCACCAUGCUCACUGUAAAACAGUUCUUCCUCUUGUCUUUGUCUUUGUUCCUCCUUGCUUUACUCUGGUUCAGUUUUGCUCUCCGUUUGCUGCUCUUACUGCAGCUGUACCCAGGCCUGGCCCUUGAAGCCUAGGUUCAUAUGGCAGUUGAGUCAAAAGCCCCCGUGUCCACUGAAGCCUCCCCAGACUUCCACAAUCUAAAUCAUUAAUAGCAAAACACCAAAGCCUAAUAUCCGACCUGAAGGAAUCCUGCAGAAGAGAACUGUGGAUGGGGACUGCCUAUCCUGUUAAAGCACGAGUUUCUUGUUCUCCUCUCAGCCUUGUACUUAAUGCCUGUCUUUCCCCCCCCAUUCUUUCUCGAGGCAGGUUGAAGAGUUGACUGAAGAAAUCCCUCUCCUGUUGUCACCCUCAUGUUGGCUCAGCUGGACCAUCUAGAGUUUGUUUGUUAGUUAUUUAGUUAGCAAGUUAGUUAGUUUGUUAGUUAGUUUGUUAGCUAGAGUGUUUGUUAGUUUGUUAGUUAGAUUCUAGUGUAGGUAGCUGUGUACUGAGUGCACAUUUUUUCGCAUACUGGUUUGUGACUUUCAGAAAUUCACAAUAGGUUUUAGAGCCAGUAGGGCAAGAGAGUUUGUUUGUUAGUGAGUUAGUUAGCAGGUUCAUUAUUCUGUUUGUUUGUUAGUUUCUAGUGUAGGUAGCUGUGUAUGGAGUGCAUUUUGGUUUUCACAUACGGGUUUGCAAGUUUCAAAAAUUUUCCCAUAGGUUUUUGAGCCAAUAGGGCAAGAGAGUUAGUGAGUUAGUAGGUAGGUAGGUAAGUGUAUUUGGCUGAACUGCACAAGCUCCCAGCAAAUGUAUGGGGAACACCCCUGCUGUCAACAAUGUCUGCGGCUGCACAAGAUGAGGGCCUGUCUGAAGGAGGUGCAAGAAUCAAAUGCCAAGCAAGAAAACCUGGCGACUGAGCAACUGAGGCAGGAUCCAGCUGUGUGAGCCUCACUCCAGCUGAACAGGGUGUCCGGCGUGGAUGUGAGCCCUGGCUGCAGCUGUGAGGGGACCGUGCCCCCCGCAGGUGCCCAAGCAAGAAGACUUGCUGCUGCAUCAGGGCACUACUUACCUGUUGUGGUUGUUCUCUCACUGCACUGUCAAAUCCGAUGCUAUUCUCACUCAAACAAAGCCCGGUUAAAACAAAGGAAUGUGUUACUUUAGCCAGUUGUGAGUUACUGAUUUCCAGUUAUUCCUCAUUUCUACUUCCCUUUUUGUCUGAUACAUUCCAGAAAGCUUCCAUAGCUUUGCUAACCUCCUUCUGGCUUUUUUCCAUUCUCAUUUAUUCUCUCCCUCUAGCUCGAUUUUGAUUUUCAGUUUAGGAGCCACAAAUUUAGGAUGUAACGCAGUUUAAAGAUUGCAGCUUUCAUCCUAAGAAUAAACAUGGAAACUCCAAGAAAGAGAAUGCCACCUUAGUAAUGAAAAUCUAUCAUUUCCUGGUUGGAAACACAAUCACAUGAUUGUAAAGCCAGCACUAAUUUAAGAGAGGCUUUGGAAAACGUAGGACAGACUGUCGGCAGAUCAGGCUUCAGACUGCUCCUAAUACAAGUGCUGUAAACUAAAGAUUUAGCAAGUAUCAGAAAGGUUUUAGAAUGAACCACCUUGAUUCUGUCGCUUGAUGUGUUACAGCCUUAAUUUUGAACUUGGAGAUGUUCAUCAAUGGAUUCCCUCCUUUCCACCUGAAAUUAAUAAUAGUAAAAUAAACCUGAGAAUGCCAAGAAGGUGCUUCCUGUGCCGCUUUCUUUUGAAAUUUAAUUAACAACUUUAUAAAAGAAAAAAUCAUCACGGAGUGUUCUAUACAUUACUAUUAAUA